UUAUUAGCUAAUAGUUAUUAUUACUAUCAUAAUGAAUAUACACCCAUCACUGGACGAAAGAGAAUCAAGGCUUUUACAUCCAGUCAGUUUCGUAAGAUUAGUAAGGCAGAAGCAGAAAUGUAUAUUGAACGGUAUCGUGAUAAACUGUUACCCGCCACCCACCCGGCUGCAAUCCGGGUACAGAAAAUAACCGCCCAGUUAUUACAGGGGAAUAAAGAGCUACAAGAAAUGGUUAUAAAUAAUGAUAUUAAAUCAUGGAGUAUUUGUGUUGUUGAUGAACCAGUGAGAAAUGCCUUUGUUUUACCAUCAGGACAUAUAUUCGUGUUUACGGGGAUGUUGAAUUUUAUAGAUAAUGAUAAUCAACUAGCUGUCGUGAUCGGACACGAAAUGUCUCACGCCUAUCUCUCACAUGCUGUGGAGUUGAUGAGUAAGGCCCAGUUUUUAGAUAUGCUGAUUAUAUUUGUAAUGGCAGCAAUCUGGACGAUCAUACCUUAUGAUGGUAUAGCUUUGAUUACCCAGUGGUAUUAUCGUAAAUGUAUUGAUUUAAUGUGUAGAUUACCGUACAGUAGAAAAUUAGAAAAAGAAGCAGAUUAUGUCGGGAUACAAUUUGCUGCCAAGUCGUGUUUUGACGUACGAGAGUGCUCUGUAUUUUGGUCUAAAAUGAGUCAAGUUGAGAAAUUAGAAAUGAAAGUAACGAAUGAAUCAACGUAUGUACCAGAAUGGUUAUCAACACAUCCUCUCAGUGAGAAACAUGUCAACCAUAUCAACAAAUUAAUUCCCAAGGUGAGUAUAUUAGUCUCCAAACCGGAAUCUCGGGUUUCACUGUAUCUAAUUUGUUUUGAAGGGAUUGCAAAGAUAGUUUCUAAAUUGUUUAUAAACAUUUUAGAAAAAGACUGUGUUACAAUAAAACAAGCAGGCGAGGGAAUGCUUAAAAAUGGUUGCUUACUGAAGGGCCAGGUUGUACUGAGAUAUUUCAAACAAAGCUAA